AGACGGGCGGGCGGCGGCGGGGCUGUCAGUGAGGGAUCGCACCGGGCACCGGGGCGGCGGCGCAGGGGAGGCCGCGGCGGCGGCGGCGGCAGACAUGGACUCGCAGUGCGACUGUACCGAGCCUCCGGCCGCCGAGCAGCCGUCGGGGAGGAUUAACAAAACCGCCUUCAAACUGUUCAAGAGGAGGAAGUCCGGGGGCACCAUGCCGAGCAUCUUCGGGGUGAGGAGCAAAGGCGGGGAGGGAAAGGGCGCCGGCAAAGCGGGCAUGGUGCGGAGCCGGACGCACGACGGCUUGGCCGACGCCGUGCUGGAGAGCAGCAAGAAGGAGGAACCGGGCGGCGAGCCGCAGAGCCGGGAGCCGCAGAGCCGGCCGGGCGGCAGCCUCGCCGUGUCCGCCGGCAGCUCGGUGGCCAAGUCGCACAGCUUCUUCUCCCUGCUGCGGAAGAACGGCAGGCCGGAGAACGGCAAGGCGGAGAGCGCAGAGCAGCGGGCAGGCGGCAGACAAAAGAAGGGGCUGAAAGGCAUCUUCAGCAGCAUGCGAUGGCACAGAAAGGACAAAAAUGGCAAGGAGGAGAGGGGGGAAACCUCGGAGAUUCAGACCGGCCUUAUUAUGCCGGGCUCUCUGACUGCCAGCCUGGAGUGCAUCAAAGAGGAGACGCCAAAACCUUUGUCUGAAACUCCGGGCAGCACCGGAGACGCGGGGCUGGAAGCGCCGCGGGAGAAGCGCAGCGGGGAGGCACUCGGCGCAGCCCAGGAGGAGGCCGGGGCGGGCGGUGGGGAGCAGCGGGAAAGCAGCCCCCCGGCCCGGGAGGACCCGGCCGCUGCUGGAAGGCGACCCGAGGAGCUCUGCCACGAGCGACCGGACCCGGGCGCCGGAGAGGUUGGGACUGCGAAGGAUGCGGCCAUAACAGGCUGCGGAGAUAUUAUUGCGGACCAUGAGGAGGAUGUGGGCAGCGGAAGUGGCCGCUGCGAGAAGAGCACCCCCGGGGCUGGCAAGCUGGGUGCCUCCAAGAAGCACCCGACCAUGGUGACCUACCAGGGAGGAGGGGAGGAGAUGGCCAGUCCAGACCAGGUGGAUGACACCUGCCUGCAGGAGUUCUGGGAUAUGCUGUCGCAGACAGAGGAGACCCCAACAGGAGGUGGAGGAGGGACAAAGAAACCUGAGGGGUUGAAGGAGAGCCGAGGUGCGGAGGGGGCCCAGAGCAGGGCAGUGGGGAAACGUGGUGGCCUCCACCAGAUCCCUAUUCACCUCAACCAUAAAGAGGAGCAGAAGGGAAGGGAGAAGGAGCAGCACGAAGUUGUCCCAAACAGUGAUGAGGGCUACUGGGAUUCCACCACCCCUGGUCCUGAGGAAGACAGUUCCACAAGCAUCCAGAAGGAGACUAUCCCCAGGGACAGCUACAGUGGGGAUGCUCUCUAUGACCUCUAUGCUGAGCCGGAUGAGAACCCACCAGCAGCACCUACAGUGGAAGAGGUCACCUGUGCGCCACGCUCCAAGCCUGUGUCUCCAAUAACAACCACACUGAAAACACCCUCAAGCACAGUGAAGGACUCUAAGAUACCCAUCAGCAUUAAACAUCUUUCAUCACAUUCUGCCAGCCAUGGAGCAGAUACCAGUAACAGCCAUCACGUCGCACACCAUCACCUGGCCAAAAGCGAGAUGCACAGAACAAAAAUCCCUGUCUCUAAAGUGCUGGUACGGCGGGUCAGUAACAGAGGCUUAGCAGGGACAACAGUGAAAGCUGCCACGUACCAUGACAGUGCCAAAAAGUAGUUGAAUAAGAGGUGGAAACAAAGAUGGACAGCAAGGUGGGUGUUUGAAAGUCUGUGUAGGAUACCACAGAUAAUGAAUUAGUUUUGCAUCACCUUGAAGAAAGGCACCUAAAAGGUUUACUUCACUGUAUCCUACAGGCCUGCGCUUCUGAAUCCCUUCUCCUGAGACUGUAUGGCUGAAUAUAAAAAGUCGACUUCUUUUUGAGCACUUUUUUUUACAUUUGUAUCUUUUUUCUGCAGCACUAAACACUGGGGAGGUUCAUUUUUACAUGCCUUUUUGGAAGCAGGACUUGGGUUAUGAGCCUAAUCCUUCCUCAUGCAAAGCAGUGCCAUGAGUUCUUCAAGGGUACGGUUACAAAAGGAGCGACAUGAGAGGUUCUCCAAUACACUUUUAAUCGUUUCUGGGGGAGGAGUGGAAGGUGGGUGCCUGGCUCCCAGAAUUACGUUUGCUCUACAAGAUGUUGGAAAAAAUGCCAAGCAAAAACCAGCCACCCUAACAGGUAUUUUACCUGCUGUAGGAAGGAGAGCACUGCUCAGCAGCAGACUUGAUUGACUUGUGUGCAGUAGAUAACUAAAGGAGUUAAGUGGACUUGUCUAACAGGAAACACAUUUUUGUUCGUCUGUCUGUCUGGUUUUGAUCUGGUCUAAUGUAAAUGGGUAACAGAGACACCUGACAUAGGUUCAGAUGUUUACAUCGAUACUUGUCCAAUAACACAUACAAUCAGGUUCAGGGAAACAUUUUACUAAAUGCCAAUAUAUACACACUGUUCACAUUUAUACCGUAACUUGCUCGCCGUGUGUAAAUAUAUACAUAUUUUAGCAGAUUUACUCAAUGCUACAGAUUUUUAUAUUGAAAAAGAUCACCUGUCUGUAUUAUCUAGAGUUUAAGCAAGAGCUAGUUUUUAUAGGUAGAUAAUUUUACAGUUCUAAAAUGAUAGAACUUUGUGUAAGUACCUUAAAUUAGAGCAAAACUCGGUUUUGUAUGGACUCAUACAUCCCCAGAUAAGUAAAUCUGAAGUGCUGAUUUUAUUCCAGUGGCACAUUCCAUGGGUCAGAGCUGAGGUUCUGCCAACACUGCCACUGCAAACCUCUAUUUUCAGGGGUUUGGACAAAGUUGCUCUGGGCUUAAACCUUACAGAGAAGGAACCCAGGAGAGAAACAUGUUUUUUAAUUAUUAUUUUUUAAAAUAUAUAAAAUUAGUUUUUGACUAUUUAAAGAAAGUUUGGGUUCUCAUUGUUUUUUUAUUUUGAUUUUUAAUAUUGUCAGAAUAAUUUUACUUUAAGAGAGAAAAAGAAAUAUGGUAAGCUAGUGACACAUAAAAUGGUCUGAUGAGCUCGGAUCUUAUGAGAAAUGUAUUAAUGGCCAGGAUGUUUUUGAAUAGUGGCUACUGUACAUGGGCAUUGACAGCAUGUCAAAGAAAUUUAUUAAGGUUUUAAUGUGCCUGAGGACAUAUUUUUAUGAUACACUGAAAAAGCUCAAAAAUCACUGAAGUCUAAAGGUAAAUAUUAUGUAUUUACAAAAUAUUUUGUUAUAAGUAUUUAAUCAUCAGACCACAGUUAAUAUAAAAUAUAUGGUCCAGUGUAUCUGAAAAAUAAUAUACAUUUUUAAAAUAUACAUGUCUAUAUUAUGCAGAGAAUCCUAAAUUCACAUAAUUGAAACUAAUGGGUCUGAUCUUACAUAGCAGCUGGUUUUAUUGUCUCUUAAAUGGAAAGAAAAAAAAGGAAAAUAAAUAUACAGAAUAUAAAUUUGAAGGAUAUUAAGGUUAAAGAUAAACCAUAAAAAGCUAGGAAAUACCAUAAUAAGAAUUGUAUAUAUGUAUAUGUGUGGUUCACUGGGGAAAUGACCUUCUAGUCACUAGGGUAAAAUUGGCAUCUAGUUCUGAAAUGAUUGCAGGAUUUAAUACCGAGCUGCAGUGCCCCACUGAAUUGGGUAAAAGUGUUUUCCUGAUCAGUCCCUGUUUUCAUGGUUUGAGUAAGAACCUUAAUAGACUUCAAAGAAGGUUAUUUUAUAUGUUUCCUUUCUAACGUGUAUGUGUGUGGUUUUCUAUAUGCCUACUCACACAGGCGUGUUGUACAUAUGCAUGUGUAGUCAGGAUGCACCUCCUUCUGGGUUACGUGCAGUGGGUUGAAGGCACACACACACCUGCGCACACCACACUCAUGAACACAGCCACUCAUGCAUGCUCUCGCACACAGGCGGAGUGCAUGUGCUAUGGGUCUGUCUCCAGACAUGCUGGCAGUGAUUUCCUUUGCCUGAGAAAGGGAUAUGCAUUUGGCCUGACUCUGCUUGUGCAUUUUAGAAAGUUAAAGCUGAAAUACCCUCAAAAAGAUGAAAGUACAGAACAUGGAAUAUUAUCCUGGUCCUCAGCUCUAAACGUAACAUUCCAUUUUCUGUGUUUGUUUUCAUUUGACUGUAAGGGACACAUCUUUCCUUGCAUGACAACUCUGCAGAAAAAUCACAAUUCCCCAUUUUGUUGUGUUGUGCAGAGAGAUUUUACAGGGUACUGGAAGUUGAGAGGGAGGGAGGAUGUGGUGAGCUUGGGGUGGUACCAUAGAAACUGGAAGCACUGAGUACAGGUAGUAGGAGUGGUGCAUCUUUAAAACCACUAGAAGAUACCAGCUACCAUCUCUACAGGACCUGUGUUUGGCAAAUUAUUCAUCAUGAGCAUUUUGUUUGCAUUGUGGCAUGUCCGUAUUGAGAAACCAAAUAGAGUGACACUAGACUAGCUUCCUCUCACAUAAUGACUAACAUGAAUCAUCAUUAAAAUGCUUUGGCUUCCCCCUCAUUUUUCUCUCUCCUUUUGUUUUCUGCCCCAUUUUCCCUCCGUCCUCUGCAUGCUGGUGGGCAGCUUCCUCCUCAGUGUGGUGCAGAACGGAGUGGAGAGCCCUGAGCUGGCUGGGAGCACAGGAUGGGAGGGCAGCUGUGAUGCUUGGCCAAGCCAGGUGCUCCCCAGCCCCACUCCCAAGCUUUCUAUGGCAUACCCAGUGUAAAUACACUUUGCAGAUCUCUUGGCGGUUCAUUCGGCUGCUUGCUAUGUACAUAUUUUAAGGACAAUCAUAUCCUUAAAAGGAAAAUGGGAAAGUAGCUUGUAGUAGGGUGUCAGUGUUAUGAAUCAUUGCGACAUACUGACGUUGAUUCAGGGUAAUGGUUGUGUGAGAGUAAAAAUACAAUUUAAUGCUCAAAUUAACUUUGUAUGUAUAAAACACACUUUUGUCUUUAAGCCAUCUAUGUUUUUUAUUUGAAAAGGAGAUAGAAAAUGUAAUAUUUACUAGGGCUUACAAUUUUCAUACAAAUAUAUUUGUAUAGCUCCACAAAAUGCCUAAAACAAUCAUUUGGAGGAGGUUCAAAGGCUUCCUUUAGAGCUAUAUUUAAUUCCUGAAAGAUCCCUGCAAAAUACUGUGAGAUGCCUAAGAACAAACAGUUAAUGGCUUGCUGGAUUUAAAGGCUGAAACAUAAAGAGGUGAUAGUCCUGAGGCAUUCUGUGGUUGUUUGCAUUCCUAUUUAUGUUAUCCUGUUCAAGCACAUAUUUUCCUUGGUUUUGGUAGGUAUCAAGGUAGAAAUGGUGUUCUGAGUCCCAAAGAUAACAUUCCCAAUGCUGUUGUUGUUUUGAUUCUCUUAAAGAAUACUUUUCUUUGUUUUGUUUGUUAUUUUGUGGUCUUGAUGCUUUGUAAUUAUCAGCUUGUAUGUCAUUGAUAAAGGAUUUUAUAGAUCAGGACUUGGCAUUUAGUUAUGUGUACUCUUUGCACCUUCAGGUCACUACUGGUAAAUUUUGUAUGUUCUUAGGAUUUUUUUCUAUCUAUUGCAUAGUGGUUUAUAGCUAUCUGCAGUGAUUUCAGUGGUAUACAUUCCUGUCCUAUAUAUCAGCACAAAAGAUUUCCUUUUGGUUGCAUGAAGUGAUGUUUUUGUGGACUUCUUUUGUCAUGAUAGGAAUUAAGUUUCCUGUACUAUACGUGUGGCCUGCAACAGACAUAAAGGGUCUUAUUUUCCCUGUGGUGCGUAUGCAUUUUGCUCUUGCCAGUAAUAGGACUCAAACACACAUAGUAGCUUUCAGAAGAAAUUCCAUGACUAGGAUAAGAACACCCUAUGUUCAGUCUUAUUCCAUCAAUCACCAGCAUUCCCUUCAUCCACUGUGAAUAUCCUCACCACCAUUCAGGGUAGUAGAGGACUGAAUUUUAAAAUUUACAUGCAUAGAUGUACACUAUGAAAAUUAAUUCACUGAUUAUUUUUUAAUGACUCUAACUGAAUUAUUUAUCUAAGCUAAGCGAAUAUUGCACCAAAGUCUUCAAAACGUCUGAUACAGAUGGCAUUUUCAGUAAGAUGCUAUAAGUGCAGAUGAACCAAAUUAACAGGCUUUGCUUAGCAAAGCAAAACCUUGUUGUUUCUCAAAUUUGUAGUACUGAGCCUGCAGAUCAAAGGGAACCAUUGAUUCUGCUACAUGACCAUACUGAGUUGUUUUUUUUCCCCUGCUCUAAUGGACUACUUUCAGAAAAGGCUUUUCAGCAAGAUAAUGGAAUGAAAGAGACAGUUCACAGUAACAAUAGCCACUUGCAAGGCAGAUGGUUAUCUAACAGCCACAAUGGGGGAUUCUAAGCAAGGUGGCCUGAAAAUGUAUUUUCAUAGUUAUUGAUAUGAAAGGCUGAGGCUUCUGUCUUGGAAAAACAAAUUGACUCUGACUUAGAUAUGCUGCAGAGAUGAGUCUUGGCAGAGUUUACACAUGACAGCUUCUGCUGGGUUGGGUUUUUUUUGUUUUGUGUUUUCCCUUUUUUGUUGUUUUUUUGCCUUUGCUUUGUUGACGUUUUCAUCACAAUGAUAUAACCCCACGUGUCUGAGCAGAAUUGCACAACAACUGACACUUCUGAGAUCCAAUGCUGAGAACACACUAUCAGUUGUCUUCAGCAGCCUGGGACUGGUUCCCACUGACCAUCCCUCUGUUCCAUUGAGGGGCUGGAUUUCCUUGUCAUGAGUCCCGGUGCUAUUCACUGUGAGUGGUAGGCAUCUGCAUCUGCCUUGCUGUUUGUUUUCAGGGGACAGUUUAUUUUUAAUUUGGCUCACAGGAAUUUUUUAGCUCAUCAUGAGCUCACAUCUUGUCUUCCUUUUGAGCAUAUUGGCUAGGAACGGUCAGCACUGAUUUGGUGUUUCCUAGGUCCAUUUCACAUAGAGAGAAAUGGAAAAACUUGUCAUAUGCAAAGGAUUAAGAGCUAUAAACACUCAAGCCACGUCCUGGGGGCCUUUAUUCCUGCAAAAGCAGGUUGUUAAAGUUCUUCUUGCCUUAGAGGGCUUCUCCAUCCAGAACAGUGAGUACUGUUGCUUGGGACCCCCCUUUAUUUUUUCCUCUAUGUCUCUCAUUCCCUCUCAGCCAUACUGCAGUUGCUUGGGAAACUGAGAUUCUUGAUCUAGCAUUCCAGCACUAAAAUAAAGGAGCUGCUGCCAGUGAGUUCUUCAGAAAGUCUUUGCUCCUGCUUCUUGGUCUUGAAAACAUUAAUUCACCUUCAAAACAAGCAGCAAAGAUAUUUAAAAUGGAGAUCUCUGCUCUGUCAUCUCAUACAUGCAGGUGAGGAUGUUGAGUGAUAUUCUGCAUGGAGUGGAUUUUAUCUCUCCACUUUUCUGUCAUGGACAGUUUAGCAAAUCUAGCGGGAAGGAUGUCAGUGUUUUAGGAAAGCUCAGAUGCUGUUUGUUACGGAGACUGGGCCCAGAUUAUCUCCAAGAACUGCUUUUCUUUUUCCUUUCUGUACGUAUUUAUAUAACUAGAACCAAAGUUGGUUAUGUACUUCACAGGGCAAGCAGUUUAAACUGCCAGGCUGAAAGGCUUCUUGUAGCAAUGGCUAAAAGAAGAUUGCUUUGCCUACUUUAAGAUCACAUCCAAGCAAUGCUCUAUGGCUGCAAAGCUAGAAAACCGGCAUUUGCCAACAUGACAAUCUCUUUCCAAGGUCCUGUUCUGCUGUGGCAAGGCUUCCACUGACUCCAGUAAGAACUGGCAAGGGUCCUUAAUCUCCUCAUCUUAAGGAAAUAGGAAGUAUUUCUUAAGUCUUCCCUUUUUUUUAAAAGAUGAACAUUAUUCAGGUGAUUGUGCAGUCUUUUAUAUUACUGUAGUAGCGUUUUCACUGAGUGCAAAAACAUGUCUUUCCAUUGUUUUUCUAACAAGCAGCCACUCAUGUACAUAACUCCAGUACUCAGCAUGCUGAAAUUAAAGCUAACACAAUCACUGCCUUCCUUAACUUAAAUUGUGAUGGCAAAACCAGGAUCAGAUUCUUUCCAGAGCGCUAACUCCCCUGUUUAUUAUGUUGUUGUUUGUGUCCUUUGAUAUGGUAACUAAUGAUGCCUCCCUUUAAUUUAUUACACAGCCACAUUUUAAAUCUGGUUUUAGGGAGAACAGUAUGUAGGAACUGAAUCGUAAAAUUUUUAAUAGAAUUUCAUUAUUUUGGGUGAUAUUCCAUCAAAACAGUUGCUAUUUCAGUAUCAGGUUGUUUCCAUGGGCUUUUUCUGCAGAUGAAUUGGAAGCUUUGAACAUAAUGUGCUCAUAAAAGAAAAUUUGCUGCAUCUGCUGUGAAUUAAGCCUGACCUUAAAAUGUAAAAGCUACACAUCUGGUGAUGUUUCUUGACUGAUGGCAGCAAAGGGGAAGGUCUGACCUGACUCACCUGCACCCCAUGGACUGGUGGAGCAAGGCAGUGUCAACAGGAGAAUCUGGUGUUUGGCAGGUGGUACACCAGCAGGGAAAGCUAGGGUGCUGGUGCUGUGCUGGGGUGGGAGGGUUGAUAGGCUGGCUGGAAGAUAGGAUGAAAGCAAGGGCUGGACCGCUGGUCCUGUUGAGAAAGAGAGUUAAACAUAUGCCUAUAAAAUCUGUCUCCUUUUUUUCUUGUAUUGAUGCUCAUAUUGCUGUGUUACACUAAGUUAGGAGCCGGACUUUGGGAAUCUGGGUGUGCUGAAGCCAGUGCUUCUGCUGCAUACUACAGUGUGACUGCUCUCAUCAACACCUGAGCAGUGCCCAGUGCCUUAAUUUCUGAAGGCAGAUGUAGCACAGAGGCUUCCACGAAUCCUGUAGUCCAGCACUAAACCAUGGUCUCUCAGUGCUCUUCCAUCCUCAUUUUGCCAGAGGGAUGUGAAGACGCAAGCCCUUGGCAGCGUGGUGGGCACCGGCUGCACCCUUGCAGCCCAAAGACAAGUGGAGAUGGAGUGUAAGGUGCACCAUGCAGUAGCACCACCAAGUCCUAGGCUGAGUGCAAUUAAAUUUCUGCAGCAUGUGGCUUGAUAAAAGCAAUAUUCUCCUGCUUUUCAGAAGAGGAAGCAUGACUAAAGCCGUUGCCUUUGUGUAAAAUUGAAGUAAAACCUCUGCCAUGGGACAGAUUGCAACAGCUGGGUAAUAUUUCAGUCCACAGGUGUUCCCUUGGAAAUCAGGGGAUCUAUUAGUGAUGUUGAUUGUUAUUAAGAUUAUGUGAAGAUCCCAUCAUUUGACCCAAUCUGAAUUUUCAUUGCUGUGUUUGUCAGCCAAAACUGUCUCAGAAAAGAUCUAGUGUUGAGGCUUGUGGCCCUGUGAAACUGGGGAGGAGGAAUGGAUGUGGUUGGUGGAAAAUACAGAUUCAGUAAGUCCAGGAAAUGCAGCAUGGCUUCAGUCUUUUAUUGCAGCCCAGUUCUGCUUAAAUAUCAUGGUGUGCUUGAGGAAAACAUAGCAGGGAUUGCUCCGCACUGCAUCCGACAAAACAAUGCUCUUGGGGUUUUGUGUGCGCUGGAAGGGGCAGAUGUGUCCUGUUAGAAGUCACUUAACCUGUUUCUAUGAGAGGUGUUACAGAUAACAGAUCACUGUUAAUUACAAUUUUCCCCUCAUAUUUUUUGUGUCAGCAACCUCCAGUAAGGUAGCAUAUGACCUAUUCAAGAUAACGGGCAAGUAAAGCCAGGGCUCCCUGCUCUUCUUACCUGAACAAUUUGUUAAUAAUGACCUGGUAAGUCUGUGUGCACCAACUUUCUUCUAGUGGAAGCCCACAGCACUCCAGGGGGUGUUUCUGUAACAGACCAUUUGUUAGACACACUCUGCUCCUUUCCACCUCUACAAACUUUGAUGAGUAUGUCUCCUUGAGUCACUGUAUCCUUCACGUUACUUACAGCCUAACUGAUAGCAAUAGAUGUCUUUCUUCCCUGGCAGUUCACAAGGAUAUACUAAUCAGUGUUUAUUAUAUUUUUAAUUCUGUAAAUAUUUAUUUUGGUACUCUGUGUAUUUAUUGGCACUGAUUCUGGUGUUUGCUUAUGUGUCAUUGUAAAUGUUGAUGGUUUCAAUAGUCUUGCUUCUAAUGAAUGUAAGGAACUCAGACUAACUGCACUUUUCUUCCAUUCAGAAAUCUUACAGUGAAAAAUAUUCCCACUGUCAUAUUAUGUGUUAUAAUGAAUAAGGUUAAUAAAAUCAGUUGUCACUUUUCAUUGAUGAA